UCGAAAAUUCAAAAAAAAAAAUCAAAGGGAAAGAGGGAGGGAGUCGGAGCGGUAUUAAAAAGGCAAGCGGUAGCGGGUCUCGGUGCCCCGCCCACCCCAUCAAACCCCCACAAACGAAUUCUCUCGUCCCUGCCGACCUCCUUCUCCCUCCCUCCUGAGAGAAACGGAAGUCAAACCCUAGCCGGCCCCCGCCAGAAUCCCCGAAACCAUCCGGCUCUCGUUGGCCUCAGAAGCUCCCUCUCUUCCCACGUUCCGGUGGCGAUCGAGGAGAAGGAAAUGGAAACGAAUGGGAAGAACAAUCUGAGAGCACCACUUCUGCGACCUUCAGAAGAUGUUGCCGUUAAUUUUACACAAGGUUCUCCGAGAAAUGAGAAGAAUACCAGGAAGGUCAUGUUCAGGAUCAGAGGAAUUAAAUGUGCUUCUUGUGUCGUGUCCAUAGAAUCUGCUAUUGGGAAUAUGAAAGGAAUUGAGAGCAUCUCAGUGUCACCAAUUCAAGGCCAGGCUGUAAUCAGAUACAGACCAGAAUUUAUCAAUGCAAAAACAAUUAAAGAAGCCAUAGAAGACUUACAUUAUGAAGUUGAUGAAUUUCCUGAACAAGAGAUUUGUGUAUGUCUUCUUCGAAUCAAAGGAAUGGCAUGCACAAGCUGCUCAGAGUCUGUUGAACGAGCACUUCUCAUGGUUGAUGGAGUUAAAAAAGCUGUUGUUGGCCUUGCCCUUGAAGAAGCCAAGAUCCACUUUGAUCCCAACGUAACUGAUUCUGAUCACCUAAUUGAGGCUAUUGAAGAUGCAGGUUUUGGUGCGGACCUUAUUAGCUCUGGAGAUGAUUUAAAUAAAGUUCAUCUGAAACUUGAAGGUCUCCGUUCUCCAGAAGAUGCCAUCCUCAUCCAGUCAUCCCUUGAAGCAACUGAAGGUGUAAACCAUGUUGAAAUAGAUCCAAUGGGUCAGAAAGUAACUGUGGCCUAUGACCCUGAUCUCACUGGUCCAAGAUCACUCAUUCGGUGCAUUGAAGAAACUGGUCAAGGCCCUAACUUCUUUAAUGCAAGGUUGCAUACUCCUUCAAGGCGUAGAGAAACAGAACGUCAUCAGGAAAUUAGGGCUUACAAGAACCUGUUUCUUUGGAGUUGCCUGUUUUCGAUUCCAGUUCUUGUGUUCUCUAUGGUACUUCCUAUGCUUUCUCCUAUUGGUGACUGGUUAAGCUAUAAGCUAUACAACAAUCUUACUACUGGAAUUUUUCUAAGAUGGGUCCUUUGCACUCCAGUGCAGUUCAUAAUUGGCUGGAGAUUCUACAUUGGAUCUUAUCAUGCUUUGAAACGAGGCUCCUCUAACAUGGAUGUUCUUGUUGCAUUGGGAACUAAUGCCGCUUACUUCUACUCUGUGUAUAUUGUUAUAAAAGCAUCAACCUCACGAUCAUUUGAAGGACAGGAUUUCUUUGAAACCAGUGCUAUGUUGAUAUCUUUUAUUCUGCUGGGAAAAUAUUUGGAGGUGAUGGCAAAGGGUAAGACAUCAGAUGCUUUGGCGAAACUGACAGACCUUGCUCCUGAGACAGCUUUUCUGCUAAAUAUGAAUGGGGAUGGGAAUGUCAUCUCAGAGACUGAGAUCAGCACCCAGUUACUACAACGAAAUGACGUGAUCAAGAUUGUUCCUGGUGCAAAAGUCCCAGUUGAUGGAAUUGUUAUAAAAGGUCAGAGCCAUGUGAAUGAGAGCAUGAUUACUGGAGAAGCAAAGGCUAUUGCUAAGAGACCAGGAGACAAGGUUAUUGGAGGUACCGUGAAUGAGAAUGGGUGCAUACUAGUUAAGGCCACUCAUGUUGGGUCUGACACUGCUUUGUCACAAAUAGUUCAGCUGGUGGAAGCUGCUCAACUCGCAAGAGCUCCUGUGCAGAAAUUAGCUGACAAGAUUUCAAGAUUCUUUGUUCCAACUGUUGUGGUGGCUGCAUUUCUUACUUGGCUUGGCUGGUUCAUUCCUGGAGAAGCUCACCUUUUACCACGGAGUUGGAUUCCGAAGGCCAUGGAUGGUUUUGAGCUUGCUCUACAGUUUGGGAUUUCAGUAUUAGUGGUUGCCUGCCCAUGUGCUCUAGGACUAGCAACACCAACAGCUGUUAUGGUUGCCACUGGAAAAGGAGCUUCUCAAGGGGUCCUUAUCAAGGGUGGUAAUGCACUUGAGAAAGCACACAAGGUGAAAACUGUCGUAUUUGAUAAGACUGGAACACUGACUGUCGGGAAACCUGCUGUAGUUCACACAAAAAUCUUCACAAAUAUGCCACUACAGGAGUUCUGUAACUGGGCUUCUGCUGCAGAGGCUAACAGUGAGCACCCUUUAGCAAAGGCUGUGGUGGGGCAUGCAAAGAAGCUUCACCAGCUGUAUGGGUCUUACAAUGAUCACACAGUAGAAGCGAAGGACUUUGAGGUGCAUCCUGGUGCAGGUGUUAGUGCAAAUAUUGGUGGUAAAAUGGUUCUGGUUGGGAACAAGAGGCUCAUGCUUGCCUUCCAAGUCCCAGUAAGUCCCGAGGUUCAAGACUAUAUGUCAGACGCUGAAAAUUUAGCGAGGACCUGUGUGCUGGUUGCUGUCGAUGGUAUGAUUUGUGGAGCUUUUGCCGUGUCUGAUCCCUUGAAGCCCGAGGCUGGACAUGUGAUCUCAUUUCUAAAUUCAAUGAGCAUCUCAAGCAUUAUGGUAACUGGUGAUAAUUGGGCUACCGCCAAUGUGAUAGCAAGGGAGCUUGGAAUAAGUACAGUGUUUGCUGAAACAGAUCCAGUGGGAAAGGCGGAAAAAAUUAAAGAGCUGCAGAUGAAAGGAUUGACAGUGGCAAUGGUGGGAGAUGGGAUUAAUGACUCACCAGCAUUGGUUGCUGCUGAUGUCGGUAUGGCAAUUGGUGCCGGCACUGACAUUGCUAUUGAAGCUGCUGAUGUUGUUUUAAUGAAGAGUAACCUCGAAGAUGUGAUCACUGCCAUCGAUCUCUCAAGGAAGACAAUUUCUAGAAUCAAGCUUAAUUACAUGUGGGCCUUGGGGUACAAUAUACUUGGCAUGCCAGUUGCUGCUGGGGUUCUCUUCCCUUUCACUGGAAUCCGACUGCCACCUUGGCUUGCCGGGGCAUGCAUGGCAGCCUCAUCACUCAGUGUCGUCUGCUCCUCUCUCCUCUUGCAGUCGUAUAAGAAGCCGUUGCAUAUCCAAGAUGUUCAGGGAUCUGAUGAGUACUCCAGUUCAGUCUAAGUUAUCAUCUCCUUUGUAUCAUCAAACUUUCCCACAACAUGAUUGCGAGAUUCCUCGCCGUUGCUAUAAGAAUCAGAUGAGUAUAGCUGUUAGUCCAUCAGGUUAUACCCUCAUCGUCUCAAUGCAUCCUUGCUUUCCUAUUCACAUGAUUGGAAAUUGCUGAUCGGUCACAAGAACUAAUGGCUAUAGUUGAAGUGUCUGUCCGUCAAGUUCUUCUAAAGUUGGUAUUAGCUUUGAUCUGUAUUGUAGCAUCAAACUUAAUAAGUUGGUCAAGAAGUUACCGAUCAUUUUUCUGGGAUCUAACAGCUGUAACUGUUAGUCCAGGUUUUCUCUAAUUUGAUGUGAGCUGUGAUUUCUGUUGCUUCAUUAACUUUUCUGAAUAACAUGUUUGGGAAAUUUCUCUUUGUUUUAUUGUGAA